AUGGUGGUCAACCUUUGUCUUCCUCAGUUUCGGCCAUGCAUAGUCUGCAACAAGAUCAGUGCUGAUGGCUAUGAAGUAGAAAAUCUAAUCUCCGAAGACCUCGCUAAAAGGAACCGAGGGUUUCGCUGUGAAUACUUUAUCAAGCCUCCUGUGCACAUCACCAUCACUUUUCCAUUUAACAUAGACAUAUGUAGGAUAAACAUAGACACGUCCUCUGGUGGUCACCCUCCCUUCACAGGAAUGGACAUCUUUACGGCUACUUCCACUAAUAAAAUGUGUUGGAAUAGCCAGGAGUCUGGUCAGCCUGUUUUGGGUUGCCAAGGAGUGGACAAAGAACUGUUUGCUUUGGUGGGUAAAGUGCUACUGAGAAAUCAAAGCAAGGCUACAUUCAAUAACCGAGGCUUCAAGCCAAGGCACCCAUUCCAUCAUACCGAUAACGUGAUGUCU